AUGUCUACCCUAACCUGUGGUCAACGAUGUCUUCAAAUUGUACUUAUAAUUGCCAAUAUUUUAGUUUUUAUAUGUGGAAUGGCACUCGUCACUAUUGGAAUAAUUUCAUGCUUAUCUAUAAUUCAAUACUCUAAAGACGUUGACGUUGCUAUCUAUGGUCUAGCCGUUUUCAUAACUACUCUUGGAGUGAUUAUUUUCUUCAUAGGAAUAAUUGGAUGUUGUGGAGCUUGUAAUGAGAGCGUCUAUAAACUCACUUUCUAUGCCACAGUGCUUUUUAUAAUUAUAUUAUGUGAAAUUGCUGGGGGCAUUGGAGCUCUUGUGUUAAAAGACAAAGUUAAAGAGAAGUUCAGAAAAGCUAUUGAAGAUGCUGUGAGGGAAUAUGGUAAUAAUCCCGACUUAAGUGUUCUGGUCGAUUCGAUUCAAAGUGGGGUUGGCUGUUGCGGAGCGAAUUCACCCAAUGACUAUAAGGAACCACCACCAUCCUGUUUCUCAGGAAACAGAAGAUAUGAAAUGGGUUGUGUUUCUGCCCUUGGUGAACUGUUUAGGAAGUAUAUGAUUCUGAUUGUAAUCUUUUCAUUUGCAUUUGCUGGAUUCCAAAUUCUCUGCUUUAUGUUUACAGUUUGUUUAUGUAAUGCAAUUAGACAUAGUAGAUGA